AUGAAACUCCUCGUAUCAUCAUUUUGGUUCUUCUUGUGCGAUCUUUUCUACGUUGAAGCAGAAGUGGGCGAAAAUGGCCAUUUCCGAGGGCUCGGUCCUGUGAACGGUGAUCCUAACGACAGACUCUAUUAUAGGCAGAAGGAUUAUCUUGAGGCCAUCUCUAUACCGGAGGCUUGGAGUAUCCUGGACUCUACUCCCAAGAGAACACCUGUGACCAUCGCAGUUAUAGACGACGGAAUCGAGGCCGCUCACCCUGACUUGAAGGGUACCGUCAUCAAGGGCUACAACGUCGUUGAUAAGAAUGAUGAUACCAGUCCUCGAGGACGGCAUGGCACUUGCAUGGCUGGCAUCGUUGGUGCUAUCAGAAAUAACAAGAUCGGCAUGGCGGGUAUCCUGGACAGUGUGCGUAUACUGCCCAUAUUCGACGGUGAAGUUCUGAGCUACUCUGCAAUCGAGGAUGCUUUCACCUAUCUGAUCAAUAAGAGGAGAGAUGAUGUGAAAGUUAUUCUCAUGACGGAGGUAUCCGGAUCAAGUAGGUCUCAAGCUGUUACCGACAAGAUUUUGGAAGCGGCUUCAGCUGGCAUGCUCGUUGUCGUCUCGGCAGGGAAUGGCCACGUGGAUCUGGACAAGACCCCAUACUUUCCUUGUUCCUUCGGCCGUUCGCCCGCUGAUGGAGUGCUAUGUGUGGCUGGAACGUAUGGUAGCGGCAUGCAGCUUACGGACGAAAGCAAUUUUGGUUCAGCUGUGGACAUCGCCGCUCCAGGUUACGAUAUAGUCCAAACUAGCCUUGAAGGGGAGUACGGCUGGGGUUCGGGCACUUCGGCUGCCGCCGCCAUCGUAGCAGGUAUAGCUGGGAUGCUCUACUCCCUUGAACCAUCUGUGAAGAUUAAGCUGACUCCUGCUUACAUCAAAAAAAUCAUCAAGGAUACGGCCACCAAAGGUGUCAAGGACAGUAAAGGAAAAAAGACUCUCUCAUUCGGCCGCGUGAAUGCUGCAGCGGCUGUCAAGAAGAUACUUGGAAGAAAGAAGGUAUAA